AUUUGGGUCUAUCAUCAUUCGGCCGGACCCUAACAACGGCAUGGCCCAUGAUAGCCACGUAUACUGUGUGACUUUGACAGUGUUCCUUCAUCAACCACAAUGAACUCGCCCAUCUGGAAAAUGGUUUUCGUGGCUCUGGUCGGGUCCAUCCUUGACUACUCAUUAAGCCCGCCUCAGCCACCACCAGCGCCAAAGGAGCUUCUCAAACCCCCAGAGUCAUUUACUACCAGGUUUCCGAGGACAUCAGCUUCGUCCGGUCAGGUGAUGAUAGCGGCGUGGACACUGGCGGAAAUUGCCGUGUCAUUCGCAGCUACCGACAUUUGCCCUCCCAAUCUGUCCAAGCGUAUUAUCAGCCUCCUUGUCUACAGCCAACAGCCAGCUGACGCCGUCGCACGCGCCAGUACUCUGACACCAAUCUUCUUUGUUGGAGGUUGCAUGAUAAUUGCUGGUUCUCUCCUCCGGCUCGCCUGUUUUAAAAUACUCGGUCGUCUCUUCACCUACGAACUGAGCAUCCGCAAUGAACACAAAUUGAUCACAUCAGGUCCAUACGGCUUCGUCCGACAUCCUAGUUAUACGGGUGCUAUGGUGUUUGUAUCGGGACAAUACCUGUGUAUGCUCGAUGAAAGUUCGUGGCUGGUGGCUUGUUCAGGACUCUUCCCUCGUAACGAGUACGUGCGGAAAAGUGUGGCGUGGGGCAUUAGGAUCGUCUUGUGCUCCACACUGGCAGUGUAUCUGCGCCGCCGUAUGAAUGAGGAGGACGCAAUGCUUGAAAAGCAUUUUGGGAAUGAAUGGAAAGACUGGGUGAAGAGGGUACCUUACAAGAUUGUGCCCUGGGUGUAUUGAAGGCGAUGUAACUUCCCUAAAGCCUUGUGCUUUUACCUUGUCUUUAUCCGAUACUUGUUCCGUGAUAUACUUCCUCGAACCCCAUAUUGACCCGAUAUACAAAGAUAUGA